CUCGUUUACCUUUUUAAUUCAAUUUCCACGAGCUAUAACGCAUCCGGUUCCCACCAUGCUCCUGAGCGAAGAGAGCAGCUUUAUGUCGCAGUUCGAGGACGCGUGCUGUGCCUGGGUGGACAGUGUGGGCUCGAGCCCCAGCCUCUGCGACAGUACCGAUUCCGAAGUGGGUUCGCCAGGCUGCGCGUUCUCACCGGGAACCGAGGCUUCAGACUCAGACUUCUUCUCCGACCUGAGUGACGGUUCCUCUGAUACACUGUCACCCUCCCUCGCCUACACCGGCAGCUUCUUCACGGAGGCGCUACCGGGGGCGCACUGCAGCACUGACGCCAUCCUCAACAUGAUCACGGAAAUCGUGGGGAUCUGCACAGGUCCCGGUACCGAGGCUGAAACCGUAGCUCUCUCUCCAUCCUUCCCCGACAGCGCCUCCACUCCGCUCUACUCCCCAUCCCACGAGCCAGCCUUCAACGGGUGCAGCCGCGAGACAUGUACCGCGGCUUCAGUACAGCCCACGGCUCCCCAGCUGGUGAUCAAGACCGAGUUUGAGAACAGCUGCAACGGGUGCGACCAGUUCUCCCGGCCCGGUGAGGGUCUGUGCGCGGUCAGUACCGACCCAAUGCUCCUGGUACCAGGACUGGAUCAUGCGGAAGUAGCGGAGCUACUGGACUCUCUGCUGCACCCCGCGGCCAGUGCCGGUGAUCUGAAGACUGGGGCGGACAUCAAGCAGGAGCCUGGUCUGCUGGAGGACUGGGCACGUGGCUACCUGGCGCCGUCAGGCGGGGUCAAACUGGAGAGUGUGGAGGUGCAGGCCGGGAGCGUGCAGAGCCAGAAUGAGCUCCUCCACCCCGCCUCCUCCUUCUGCUCCUCCCUGGACGCCCUGCUCUCCUCCCUCCUGCCCGCCGUGCUCCCGAGAAGCACCGGCACACCGGUGGGAGCGUGCAAACCCUCCCGGGCCAGGAAGAGCCCCGUGAAGGGAACCGUGAAGGCGAAGCCGUUCCCCUGCCCAAUCAUUGGCUGCGAGCGACGCUUCUCGCGCUCAGACGAGCUUAACCGGCAUGUUCGCAUCCACACCGGACACAAGCCUUUCCAGUGCGCUAUCUGCUUGCGCAGCUUCAGCCGGAGUGACCAUCUGACCACACACACGCGCACGCACACAGGAGAGAAGCCGUUUUCCUGCGAAGUUUGUGGGAAACGCUUCGCGCGCAGCGACGAGCGGAAGAGGCACGGGCGCGUGCAUGUUAAGCAGCAGCUACGCGCUCAGAUGAUGGCAGCCUACACACUCGCCUUCCCCGGCGGCGUCUGAACUGCGAGCUCCCAGUGACCGCGAUGGUUGAGAGUUUUAUCCUGGUGUUUACGAGGCUUCGAUUGACCUGACCUCACCAUGGCAACGUUUACUGAGACGUCAGUCUGGUGGUCUGUGGCGCGGGUGCUGCAUUAUGUGAUGGAAGUUCUUGUCGGUAAAGAGCGCGAUUGUGGGCUGAACAUUCUCCUGAGGAUGUUGGAAGUGGAACUUUGUCCUCUUCCGAACGGCUGUGCGUUCUACUGUCUGGAUCCGUUAACACGCGCACAGAGAACAGAGGGGCGGACUGGUUAGGGUUGGGCGCAGGCGCAGAGAGUGAGAGAGAUAUCUGUUAACUUGUGUCUCCACACAGAACAUCUCUGAUUGUAAAGUGUUGUUUUGUGAAAAACUGCAUGACGAUCUUACAAGUAAAGGCCUGUCACAGGCUACAUAACCAUUCUUUGCUCGAUGUAAACGUUAUAUUUCUAAAGAUAUGUGAACUUAACACUUUAUAUUUGGAUACAUCUAUAAGACAAAACCUGUAGAGUAUAUGUUUAUAUUCUCCCAACUCAGUUUUCUAUGAGUACAUUUAUAUUAUGUGGUCUACGGAAUGAGUCUAUAAUCCGACCAGAUUGUAAAUCUAUGAUGGUUCUGUUCCAGACGUUCUAGAACAGCCAGUCGCUUUCUGAUGUCACUUUUGUAAGAGCUCUCCAGGAGAGACACGCAGUACUUCAACAUUGUAGUUGACAAGCAGAGUUGCACACGUUAGUGUGUCUUUAUGUACAAUAACGGAAGCACGUAACUUUCUUUACGCAUGAAGGGCAGCGCUUUGCUCCGUCCGAGAUGUUGUGUUCCUCAAAAACAUGAACAUGAAUAAAAAUAAAAACAA